AUGAAUGCCCAGCAACCUCAAACCGAGUUCUAUCCCGGCUACGGCGGCGGUCCGUUGAGCCACUCGCCAAAUUCAUCAAGGCCAGGAUACGCAACCACCGUCGGCGUGCCGUCAGCUCUCGGCGGUGGAGGCGGUGGCCGGCGAAACCAGCAGCAGUCGGUCGAUGCGGUGAACCAGGCAGCGGCCCUGUUCAGCGACGAUCGCUUUGCCUCCUUUGACGCCCCGUCGCAACGCUUUGAACGCGGCACGACCACCCCGUCCUCGCUGCAGAAUGCGUUCAGCAUGUUCAACGCGCCAAACCAGACAGCAUGGGGCUACAACGGUGCCUCCAGCGCGGCAACCAUGAACGGCCCCAUCGGUGACGGCACGCGCAUCCGCAAUUCGAACCGCCGACCGCCUCUUCAUUCCGAGUGGACAGCAAAUCAAAACGAGGCUCCUUUGGGAAACCAGGGCGCUCCCGGCAUCUCCUACUAUCAGCAGCAGCAACAUCUCGUCGGGCAGCCCAUGGGACUCCCAAACUCCGGCUCCCCAGACCCAUACAGUGUUGCACCCCCGACCGUCAACAUCCAGGCGUUCGGUCAGCCCGACAUGCGUUCUUUCUCUGACAACAAGAAGGACAUGGGCGACCUGAUUCCCACUGCCAUUGUUAUCAAGAACAUUCCGUUCAACGUGCGAAAAGAAUACCUUACUUCCGUGAUGAUCGAGAUGCAUCUGCCCCAACCGUAUGCUUUCAACUACCACUUUGACAAUGGCAUCUUCCGUGGCCUUGCGUUUGCCAAUUUUCAGAAUGCCCAGGACACCGCUCUCGUUAUCGAUCGCAUGAACGGGCUGGACAUCCAGGGCCGCAAGCUGCGCGUGGAAUACAAGAAGAUGCUGCCGGAGCACGAACGCGAACGCAUCGAGCGUGAAAAGCGUGAGAAGCGUGGCCAGCUGGAAGAACAGCACCGCGGGCCAGCGCAUCAGGUUUCCAUCUCGUCGUUAGCCACCACGACAUCUCUGCAGAGAGCGCCUGUGAACGACAACCCGGGGAUUUCGGGCCGCGUUGAUCUCAAUGAUCCGCACACUCUGCAGUUCUACCUCGACCUGUACAUGUUCCGCAAUGAUGACAACCGAGAAGUUCACAUCUUCCCAGCAGAUACAGCGCCAGAAGACCGGCGGAUGAUCCACAUACUCGCACAUAACAUGGGUCUCGAGCACACAUCUAUUGGCGAAGGCGAGAACCGGCAGGUGCAUGUCAGCAAGUCCAAGUUUGCGACUGGGACACAUCAGAGUUCUGCCCAGCAGCCGGGCGUGACCCUGGACGGCCAUCCGCGCGGACUCAGCCGUGCGGCGACGUACGACUUCAACGACCGGCAGCAACAUCCGUCUGUGCACGCCGUUGGCCGCGGCCCGACCUUGACCAUCCCCAAUAGCCCUGAGAAUCACCAGCACGGCGGGCUGAACAGCCUCCGGGGUGUGAAGAGCUUUGCGGAUCUGCGCUCGUUCAGCCCCAGCCCGUCUCCUUCCAUGGUCAGCAGUGGGGGUCUCGCAGCGCCGUCGUCCAACGGCCACGGCGGCGGUGGUGGUGUGUCCUUCAUGACGCACUACCCCAAUGACGGCCCCUUUGGACCCUCUCUGACGACGCCGACAACACCCGGUUCUGGUCUGGCUGCACCGCCGCCGCAGCCGGCAUCCAAUGCGGGUGAUGCCUCGAGUCUCGUGAACGGACUGGGGUCGUUGGGCCUGGGUUCGUCGUCGUAUGACGGUAACGGCAACAGCCUGGCAAGUUGGUCUCGCGAGACGCCAGGCGCUAUCGGCAGCCAGCGGCCCAGUGCGAACGGCAACGGCGGCAACAGAUCAAUUCCGGAGCGGCAACCGCGCGGUCCAGGCAGCGACUGGGAGAAUCCAAACGGGUUCUCGCGCGGUCGCUCAAACGGUCACAUGCAUCGUGGCAGUGAUUCUUCUGAUAGCCGUCUGGGCGCCACCCAUGGGUCUGCCGCGCUCUACUGA